AUGUACAACUCGCCACCACCAUCAGGCGGCCCGAUGGCGCCAUCCCGGAUGAAGGAGGAAAAGCAGUUCCGGGUGGAGAUGCCGGGGAUGUGGUUUGCGCAAUUCGAGGCCGCAGACAACAGAUAUAACACCUCGAAGGAGAGGCUGUUGCAAGUAUACGAAGAAAGCGCCCAACGACAGUUCCAGAAGCUGGUCUCAGAACUGGAGCUGGGAUCGCAAAAGCCGACUCAACUGCUGCGACGGAUGAAGGAUCUGGGCCGCACCACGCAAGUAUCCGAACAGAUGCUCAAGAACUUGUGGCGGUCUAGAAUGCCAUCAGAGGUCAGGGCAGUCAUAGCCGUGUGCCAGGACCAAGCAAUAGACAAUUUUGCAGCCAUAGGCGACAAGAUAAUAGAGAACUGCACAACCGGCGAAAUCGCAACCAUUGCCGGAGCACCAUUAGCAGCACCACAGAUGCCUGCUGUAUCAGACACACUUACCGGGCUCGUGCAGCAAUUAAACAAUCUCACGCUGGAAGUUGCAGCACUCCGCAGCGAGGUGCAAGAUCGAGGACGUCCCAGGAGUCGCAGCCACCAAAGCUACAAGAGCAGGUCCACGUCGCGCAAAUGA